CCGGAACCUGUAUUAUGAAUUGAUAUGUGCAGCGUAAGCGUCUACUGUCUAUGAGUUAAACAGCUCCUGUGACUUAUUAGUAUAACUAAAUGUAUUUUCCCCAAUGCCUUAUGAUACUUGAAUAAUUUUUUACUUAGGUUAACGCAUUGGCGAACUGGUACAGGUUCUUGAAGCAGUUGUGAGAGUUACAGUUCAACAUUAUUUCCCUUGCAACGCAGUAAUCGUUCUUGUUUCUAGGAAACUCACGGGAGGGCAAAAAAUAACUUUUGGUUUGGAAAAUGGAGGUCUCCGAAAGAGCAGACGGGGAAAACGUCUUGGAUUUGUCGCGGCUCAGUUUGGAAAGCCUCACCCUGGAUAACGUGAGCGAAGAGCGGAAGAGAGAGACCCAGCAGCUUUUUCUGACUUACAACCGAUUCACGGUGCUGCCUGCCUCCGUCAGCCACUUCUCCAACCUCCGGUUCCUCGACAUCAGCAGCAACGGGCUGGCGUUCAUCUGUGAGGACAUUCUGCGACUCACAAAACUGAAGACCCUUGUGGCCAAGAACAACAGGCUGGACGAGUCCUCCCUGCCCAAGGACUUCGGGACCAUGUCCCUGGAAGUGCUGAACUUCAGUGGGAACAGGUUUGAGGAGGUCCCGAGUCAGUGCCUGGAACUGCAGUCCCUACAGUCCCUCUCGCUAGGGGGAAACAGACUGAGAACCAUCCCCGCAGAAAUAGAAAAUCUCACCAGUCUGGAGCUGCUGUACCUCGGAGGCAAUUCCAUCGCCACCAUCCCUCCUGAGCUGGCCAACCUGCCUCACCUCAGCUACCUGGUCCUGUGUGACAACAACAUCCAGAGCAUCCCCCCACAGCUCGCACAGCUGCAUUCUUUGCGAUCCCUGAGCCUCCACAACAACCUGCUCACGUACCUCCCCCGCGAGAUCCUCAGUCUCGUCCAGCUGCAGGAGCUCAGCCUCCGCGGCAACCCGCUGGUCGUGCGCUUCGUCAAAGAUAUGACCUACGACCCUCCCUCGCUUCUGGAGCUUGCGGGCCGCACCAUCAAGUCCCGGAACGUCCCUUACACCCCUUGGGAACUGCCAGGAAACCUGGUCAGGUACCUGGAUUUAGCAAGCAAGUGUCCCAACCCGAAGUGCGGAGGCGUCUACUUUGACUCCUGCGUGCGUCACAUCAAGUUUGUGGAUUUUUGUGGAAAAUACCGCCUGCCACUGAUGCACUACCUGUGCUCUCCCGAGUGUACUUCUCCCUGUAGCUCCAACCCACAGAGUGAUGCGGACUCGGAGGAUGAGUUCAGCGUUCCCGCUCACAGGAUGCAGAAAGUCCUUCUGGGAUAGGAAGUGUGAUUCAGACUGAAGGCGUCCUGAUCGUUUCCCAAGGCCAGACUGCUGUUGUAAGAAAAAUUUACAACGUGAUGCAAAUUGCUUCCAGCUCAAAGGAGAAUUGUGUUCAUGGACAGUGGGUGAAGUUUUGGGGCUGUCACAGUCAGACUUUCCGAAGCCUGGGGCACGUGUACCGACAGUGAAGACUCUGCACUUGCAGUCAGCCUUUGUAUUUCAGCCCUACGUGGACGGCGUAAGCUUGAACAUUCAAGCAAACGCUUUCUGGCACGAAGAGGAGUGAGUGUGAGAUGGGGAUCUUUAACACGGAACUGAGGUGCACCCCAGUUGCCAGCAAUUACGAUAGCUGCAGUCGCAUCAGCUUGUCGAGAAAGUACAAAGGACAUUUUGAACAGUAAGAGGUAGCAAAUCUUUAAAAAUUGACAAAGCACUACCCCUGGACCCGGGUAGCUGUCACUGCUGCUGGGACACAUCGUUAUCAAGUGAUUUCAGAGAAAACUUUAAUCUCUGACAAGCAUGCCUGUCAGCAAUUUACAUUAAAUACACCAUUAUGCAUUAAUCUUAACUGCAAAACAAUGUCCUACGUGUCCUCUAAAUAGAUUAGAUACAUUGUAAAUCCCUAUUAAGUGCCUGGUUUCUACUGUUUAAACAGACAAUACUGUAACAUUAUGAAAAAGGAUUUACAAAACAUAACAGUAUCUUUAAACUGUCAUCUUAAUUUAUGCAGUGGAAUUAUUACACAAUGUGAUUAUUUUGGAUAAACACUUUCACACUUAUUUAAGCAUAUUGAUGUGUACUGAAACAGGAUUAACACAAAUUGUACCUAUUUCUAAUCUGUUUAAUCAUAAACUCAUUUAUGUUUUAGAGCCCAAAGUGGUUGUAUUCUAUAACAUUCAUACUUUCACAAAAAAGAGCUGCAACAUUUUCAGUA